UGUCAUAACGGGGUAGCUAUGACAACCCUCCAAGGGGACGGCUAAGCACCUCACAGAGGGGCCUGGGUGCCUCAUUUCUGAAGUGAGACUAGGAAGAGAAGAUGAACAAUUCUCUGGAUUAUCUGGCCUACCCUGUUAUCGUCUCUAAUCAUAGGCAAAGCACAACCUUCAGGAAGAAACUGGACUUUGGCCACUACAUAUUUCACAAGAAUAGAAUACAAAUAGUGAAGCCUACUGUUGAUACCAAGCCUCCAGCAGCACACACACACCACACUCUGAAACUGAGCAAACUACAGGGUGAGCAAAAGAGAAUCGACAAGAUCGAGUAUGAAAACAAACAACUGUGUCAGAAAAUCGCCAACGCCCAUCGCGGCCCUGCCAAGGUGGAUUGCUGGAACGAAUACUUUUCCAAGAGCUUAAACAGAGAAACAAGGAACCGUGAGCUGGUGAGGAUCACCGUGGAGAACCAGGGGAUUCUCAAGAGACUGGAUGAUCGCAAACCCCACUAUGACCGCAAGGCAUCUGAGCUAGACUGGCAGGCACGUGGGCACGUUUGCUGUAUUUCCUGUCUGUGUUCAGCCUACACACACAGCCUCAGAAGGACCCCUCAGUGGCUGGAGUCAGAUCCCACGCAUUGCCUCCACAGGCAGAACAAAAGCCCACCAAGGCAGACAAAAAGCUAACAGACCAUCAAACCAAUGGCUCGAAACAUCCCAAUUACAAAGCUGUGACAUGUCCG